AUGCCUUCCUGGCUGCCCGCGAUUUCAAUGUCAACUCCAAAGAAGCAGAGCAAUGUGGAACGGGCGGAGUGGCGCGCCAAAUGCCGAAAAAUGUUGCCACAGCAUCUCGAGGCACGACUGGGCAUCAUUCUGGAUCCGUCACAAGUGAGACUGCAGACGUCCCGCGAAGAUGCUUACGACUGGCAGGUUCUCCCCGAAAAGCAACACCUCUUCGAGAAGAAUCUCAGUAACCACUCUAUCCGUGUCUACAAAGAACUCUGCGACAGCGUCGGGGUCAGCUUUGAAGCUGUACCAAAAGCCACAGCGCCGGCGUAUUCUGGCCAGCAAACAUUUAGCUCUGCGCCGUCCGAGCCUCUGAGCUUUGCCUCGAGGAUCAACGAACUUCAGGUGCAAAAUGCUUACAUGUCUCAGCAGCUCCAGCUGCUCAAGCUCCAGCUGGAGGCCGAGGUCAAGCAGCGAGUGAACCUGGACGACAAGCUGAAACUGUCUUACGAUAGAACCGAGGAGCUGCAGAGUGACUUGAAGUCUGCAGCCCGUGGAGAGAGCUAUUUUCGGGACAUAGCCAUGAAAUAUUCCCGAGGUAUCUCCCGACUUGUGCCGAUUCUGGACGAGCUCCAGGAAAACCCAGGGAUAACGGAUGACGGGUUUCUAUGA